CCCUCUGCCGCGGCGGGGCCAUGGGAGCCUUCGGCAGCAGGCAGAACGCGGGGCUGGAAGAGGCGGACGCCCCGUCCAAUGCCAUCUACAGAUACCCCCCUAAAUCCGGAAGCUAUUUUGCCAGUCACUUCAUCAUGGGAGGCGAGAAGUUUGAUUCUACACAGCCUGAGGGCUACCUCUUUGGAGAGAACAGUGACCUCAACUUCCUUGGGAACAGACCUGUAGCGUUCCCAUAUGCUGCCCCACCACCCCAGGAACCAGUGAAGACACUGAGAAGUCUAAUCAACAUCCGCAAGGACACAUUACGCCUAGUCAAAUGCACGGAGGAAGUGAAGACUCCAGGAGAGGAAGUCAGCAAAGCCAAAAUCCAUUACAACGUGGAGUUCACAUUUGACACUGACGCACGAGUGGCUAUAACCAUCUAUUACCAGGCUACUGAGGAAUUCCAAAAUGGAACAGUGAGUUACAUCCCCAAAGACAACAGUUCGCAGUCUGAGACUGUCCGUUACAAGCGAGGAGUUUGCCAGCAGUUCUGUCUCCCCUCCCAUGCAGUUGAUCCCUCAGAAUGGACAGAAGAGGAGCUGAGCUUUGAUCUAGACCGUGAAGUUUACCCCAUGGUGGUACUUGCUGUGGUGGAUGAGGGAGAAGAACAUAUGGGUCACUGCCAUGUUCUGUUGGCUACUUUUGAGAAGCAUGCUGAUGGAAGCUUUUGUGUAAAACCCCUAAAGCAGAAGCAAGUGGUGGAUGGUGUAAGCUACUUGCUUCAGGAAAUCUAUGGAAUAGAAAACAAAUACAACACACAAGAUUCCAAGGUGGCAGAGGAUGAGGUGAGCGACAAUAGUGCAGAGUGUGUGGUUUGCCUUUCAGAUGUCCGGGAUACCCUGAUCUUACCAUGCCGCCAUCUUUGCCUCUGCAACACAUGUGCUGACACCCUGCGUUAUCAAGCCAACAACUGCCCCAUCUGCAGGUUGCCAUUUCGAGCCUUGCUGCAGAUCCGAGCUAUGAGGAAAAAACUUGGACCCCUUUCCCCUACCAGCUUCAACCCUGUCAUCGCAUCCCAGACAUCUGAUUCGGAAGAACACUCGUCUGAAGAGAUACAUUCCAGAUACAACUUCACCACCUCAUCUUCUUCAGAGAAUAUCCCUCCUGGCUAUGAGGUGGUCUCCCUCCUGGAAGCCCUUAAUGGGCCUCUGACUCCAUCCCCAGCGGCCCUUCCACUCCACGUUCUUGGGGACAGCCACGUUUCGGGCAUGCUGUCUUCAUAUGGCAGUGACAGCCACCUGCCUCCUAUGAGGACACUAUCUCCCCUUGACCGUUUGUCGGAUUGUGGCGGCCAAGGACUCAAGCUGAAGAAAAGCCUUUCCAAGUCAGUCUCCCAGAAUUCCUCAGUACUACAUGAAGAAGAUGAUGAAAAGUCCUGUAGUGAAUCUGAAAUCAGGAUCUCCAGGAGAAAGUCUCCUCGUCGUCAUGAAGAGGAUUGUGGUGUAACUCCUGAGAGUGAAAACCUCACCUUAUCCUCAUCAGGUGCAAUAGAUCGGUCUUCAUGUACAGGGACACCUCUUUCUUCUACCAUCUCUUCCCCAGAAGGUCCUGUUAGCAGUAGUCUGGCACAGUCGGUCAUGUCUAUGGCCUCCUCUCAAAGUCAGCACUCUGAGAUCAGCACUGACACCAUGUCUUCCAUGUCAGGCUCAUACGUAGCUCCUGGCACUGAGGAAGAGGGGGACAUGAUCCCGUCCCCAGGUAUCGUCAGUGGGAUACCAUCAGAAGAAGACUCAACUCCAGUUGAAUCUCCAGAUGCAAAUUUUGUCAGUGUCUCAGCAGAGGAACUAGAUGCUGAGGGGAAUGAUGUCAUGGAGGAAGAGGAUGGCUCCCCCACACAGGAAGAUGGCCAAAGGACAGGCGCAUUCCUAGGUAUGGAGUGUGACAAUAACAAUGACAUUGGCAACGCAAGCGUGAAAGCUCUGGACAAUAAGCUGUGCUCUGAGGCCUGCUUACCUGGUACCCAGACAUCAGAUGCUAAUGCUCUGAAUCACAGCCAGACCUGGAGGCAUCAUCUGUCUGCAAGCACUAUGAACCAGAAACACGAUGAAGAUAUGCAGUGCAUGCUGAGACCUCUGUGUCCUCUAUGAUGUCACAUUGUCCCGAGAGGGAAAAUUACCUCUUUGAACAUGUCCCCCCCCCAAAAAAAACUCUGAAACUGCAGAUGUGUGGGCAUUAACAUUGUCAAACACGGCACAACGUGAUAUUUAUUUUUUUUUAAAAAGCACUGUAAUCCAGCAUCCCUAUUAAUUGAUUCAGAUUCCUCAUGUGUUUUAGUCUGUAUUCACUUCAAUUUUUAGAAAGACUGAAUGACUAAGUUGGAUUUAAUGGCUGGUGCCUCCAUCUUCUACCAUUCUUUGUCUUCUAAUACGUUGUCACUUCAGCCGUCCCUUCUGCCUCUUGAUCUCUGUAUUUAUGGCACACCCAAAGCUUCCUUCGGUGAUGGCCAUAACACCAUAUCUCCUCUUUUGGAUACGAAUAAAUGUAGCUCCAUUCA